AUGUUGUCGAGAAGUGUUAGAAGAUCGGCUUUGCGGGCCGCUGCCUCCGCCAAGGCUGUGAAGGUGCCCCAAAGAACCCUUUCUGCCUUGGUGGCGCUGAAGCCCACUCAAUUUGUCCCGGUGUCGGCCUUCUCCGCUCCCAUCACUCCCAAGCGGUUUGCUUCGCAAUCGAUCAAGGUCCCCGAACUUGCUGAAUCGAUCACCGAAGGUACCUUGGCUUCGUUUAACAAGGAAGUUGGUGAAUACGUCGCCCAAGAUGAGCUUUUGGCUACCAUUGAAACCGACAAGAUCGACGUCGAAGUGAACGCCCCCGUCGGCGGUACCGUCAAGGAACUCCUUGUUGCCCCCGAAGACACCGUCGAAGUCGGCCAAGAAAUUGCCGUCAUCGAAGAAGGCGACGCCCCUGAAGGCGGCGCUGCCCCCAAGAAGGAAGAAUCCGCCCCUAAGGAAGAAGCCGCUCCCAAGAAGGAAGAGGCUGCUCCCAAGAAGGAAGAAUCGGCCCCCGCUCCUAAGAAGGAAGCCGCCCCCAAGAAGGAAGCUCCCAAGUCGGAACCUGCUCAACAAACCUCGUCUUUGGGUGCCUUCUCGAGACACGAAGAACGCGUUAAGAUGAACCGGAUGAGAUUGAGAAUCGCCGAAAGAUUGAAGGAAUCGCAAAACACCGCCGCCUCGUUGACCACCUUCAACGAAGUUGACAUGACCAACUUGUUGAACAUGAGAAAGAAGUACAAGGACGAAUUCUUGGAAAAGAAGGGCAUCAAGCUCGGUUUCAUGGGUGCCUUCUCCAAGGCCGUGACCUUGGCUGCCAAGGAAGUCCCCGCCGUCAACGCCGCCAUUGAAAACGGUGACACCAUCGUCUUCAGAGACUACGUCGACAUCUCUGUCGCCGUCGCCACCCCUAAGGGUUUGGUCACCCCCGUCGUCAGAAACGCCGAAUCGCGUUCGAUCUUGGGCAUCGAAGCUGAAAUCGCCAGCUUGGGUAAGAAGGCCAGAGACGGUAAGUUGACCCUCGAAGACAUGGCCGGUGGUACUUUCACCAUCUCCAACGGUGGUGUGUUCGGCUCGUUGUUCGGUACCCCCAUCAUCAACAUGCCUCAAACCGCUGUGCUCGGUAUGCACGGUGUCAAGCAAAGACCCGUCACCGUCAACGGUCAAGUCGAAUCGAGACCCAUGCAAUACUUGGCCUUGACUUACGACCACAGAUGUGUUGACGGCAGAGAAGCCGUCACUUUCUUGAAGACUGUCUGUGAACUCAUCGAAGACCCCGAAAAGAUGUUGUUGAUGGAUUAA